GAAAAAUAACUAAACGGUUUGUCGUUUACAAUUUUUUGUAUUCUCUAUAUGGGGAGCGACACGCAGUUUUAUAUAUUUUCAGAUAAAUUGAUACUCUCAAUCUAGGGCACUUUCUCUCUUUGCUUUACAAAUCUUCAUUCCCUGAAGGUUGUUAGAAAAUAGUUGUUGUUGCUGUUUGCUGACUGACUCAGUGAAAUCUAAAAGAGUAGAGUUGGUUGAGAAAACCCAAUUAAGAUAUGUCUGGAAGCAGGAAAGAAACCGUUUUGGACCUGGCAAAGUUUGUGGACAAAGGUGUCCAAGUCAAGCUCACUGGUGGUAGACAAGUGACGGGGACUCUAAAAGGAUAUGAUCAGUUGCUAAACCUUGUUUUGGAUGAAGCGGUAGAGUUUUUGAGAGAUCCUGAUGAUCCACUGAAGACUACUGAUCAGACCAGGCGCCUGGGCCUAAUAGUUUGCAGGGGAACCGCUGUAAUGCUUGUGUCCCCAACAGACGGCACAGAUGAGAUUGCCAACCCUUUUAUCCAGCCAGAUGGGGCCUAAAGACACAUUAUCUUCCUCAAUCUGUAGGCCUAACUUGCUCUACAAGUUGGACUAGUAGACAUCAAGAAAUUAUGUUUGACAAACAACUUGCAACUAUGGAAUUUGUGGGUUCAAUUUUUAGUGAAUUACCAAAAAAAAAAAAAAAAAGAGUAAA